CGCCCCUGUUUGGAUUGUAAACAACUGCAAAGAUGCGGAGACAAGACAAGGCAUCGAAACUGAUUUGAGAUCGGUCUGUAUUUCACAGAGAGGGGUCUGGGGUGGUUGCUUGAGCAGCUCUGGGAACAGAUAUGAACGCUGCGCGUGCACGCGUUGACAGAUGCGGAAUAUUGUAACAUCAUUACAGAGCGUAAACCAGUUAUGGGAGAGUCCAUUACAAGGAAGUCUGUACUAUGGAAAGAGACGAGUACAAUAAGCCAGACCGCAGAGGACAUCAUUACGUCUUACCUAGCAGCCUCUGAUGAGAAUCAGAACAAGCUGCAGGAGGCCGAGGUAAUGGACGUGGAAGCUGUUAAACUCGACUCACAGAUAAUGAACCCAGAAGAGAGGUCUCCAACAAACAUCAAGAGCCACAGUUGCUCUUUAGAUCAUGGUACUCUCUCUGGGAUUGUGCCACCUGGACCUAGUCCUUCUCUUCUGGCUUCACUGCAGUCCCUUGUUGAAGAGAAUGAUCACAUGCUCCUCCCUCAUUCCUUACACCAGAUAGCGGAGGGCUACUUCCUUGAAGAGGACUAUCAGUGGGCAGUGGAGUUUCUUCAUCUGGAGAAGCUGUACCAUGAAAGACUACUGUCUAAUCUGGCCUCCAUACAAAAGAAAUGGGAGUCCCAGAGGAAAAUCAGCAUCCAGACAGAAAGUAACUCUACUUUAAACGCUAAUGGAACUGACAGAGAGCGAGAGCAUAUGGAAGUGUUGAGUCGUAUCUGCAGAACACACCAGAGGCCUAACUUCUCUUUGGAAAAGAACAUGGACGAUAUAAAACUACAGAACAGCCCAAGCCAUGUGACCGAACACAGAAGAUCAAAACAAGAACAAGCUUCAGUGAACUCAACAGGGAGAGAAAAGCGGGCGGGCGACAGCUCAUGGCUGGAAGCUGAACAAGAGCCAGAAGAGAACUGUGAUUUGAAUGAGGAUGAGGAGGAGGAAGGUCUUGAUGAGGAUGAGUACUGGAAUGAGGAGCUGCAGGACGACACAGACUUUGACGGCCAGGUUCCCAUGGAUGAGCUGGACAGCCUCAUUCAGACGUUUCCCUCAAAUGGCUUAGUCUCUAUUUUAAAGAAGAGACCCUGCGUCAAGGAAACAGAGAAUACGACUCCACAAAAAGACUCGACCAAACGCAAAGUCCGUUUCAGAGAGCCAGAUGAUGCUUUCGAUCAAGAUGAGGUGUCUGGAAACUCUUGCCUCGUCCUUCUCUUCUUGUGUCUGGCUACCGUGGUGAUUAGCAUGGGUGGGACUGCUCUUUAUUGUCUCAUUGGAGAGGCGUACUCUAAUGUGUGUGUCGACUUCUCGCAAAACGUAGAAUUUUUCUUUGGACCUGUACGACGAGGAGUGGACGCUCUCACACAGUGGCUCUCUUCUGGUGCAUCAUAACAGCUAUUUUAUGCUAACUUAAGUGGAACUUUUUCUUUAUAUUACCAUUUAUAAUGAUAAACAACAGUAUUUCUCUUGAGAUAAUAUGCACAAAUGCUCAUUACCAGACAGGCCUUAAUAAAUGUUUCUUUAGUGAGUCUGUACACACAGGGCUUCCUAAUGCAUCUGUAUAAAGUGUUUAAUACUGGUACUAAAACAUGCUUAUUAGAGCAUUUUACUAUACCACAGCUAUUCCUCUGACUGAUCAAUAGCUACAUGCAUUGAAAGAAUUGCCUUUGGAGCCACAACAUUGUUUUUGUACAUUUUAGUACUCCGAUACACUACAUUCCAUGAUUAUCUUUGUAUGUAUAUUUUUUAUUUUGAGAUAUAUUGACUGUAAGCACAAAAAUUCACACAGUAUCAAUAUGAACAAGCAAAAAUCUUGCAAUGUUAACUUAUGGGAUAUUAACUUAUCAAACAGAUAAGCAUGUUGAAUAACGAGGAUCGAUCAGAUCUGACACUUCGGUUUUGUUCUAGCACUUCUUCUGUGGUCAGCCGGUACAAAAUAAAUCUGAAAAUUGUAUAAUCGUAUCAGACAGCAAGCAAUCAAUUUGUUUUUACUUACAAGCAUGUUUUGUGUUCAGUAAUUAAAGUGGGUUUUUGUGUUUUCAAUAAUAGUCUUACCCCCGGUUUCACAGACAAGGCUUAAACCUAGUCCCAGACUAAAAUGCAUGUUUGAGCGUUUUAACUGAAAGCAACUUGCACUGAUAUAUCUUAAAAUAUUUCAGUGUCAUUGUUUUGUCUCAAGAUGCACACUUGUAAUAUUUUUAUCUGAGACGCGUUUAUAAAAGCUACUUAAAUGGCCUUAAUCCUGGCUUAAGCCAUAUCUCUGAAACCAGGCCUGAGUGUUUUAAUGUUAUUCUCAGAACUAGAAUCCUAUUUCUGUAUGUCUUUCUGUUUUCCUUUGCAAAGUAAUACACAUGACAUCUCUGAA